AACAUAAAUAAAGCACACGGAGAAUUGCCUGGCAGCAGUUGUAACAAUAGCCGCUCACAUCAACUAGCACUACAUGUUUUUAUGUUUUAUUAACGUAACGUUAAAUACACAAGGUCUUCAUUGAGCGUUGGUUCUCCGAGUAGUUGGUUUUUAACCAAAGGCUUUAACAUUAACUUACUUAGUUUCAGAGUUCCACUUUGGUUAAGUGGGCGCUGAAUUUACUCACGCGGAACUCUAUUCAUGGAUUAUGCGCAAAGGGAAGAAAUAAGGAACUUGUUCUAGUUUCAAAAAACAGACGGCCGCUUUAACUAAAUUCAAGCAAACGUUACUUGUGACAGUCAGUCCAAGCAACAAACAUGGCGGAAGUGGGUCAGCCUGAAUCAGAGCAGAAUGAAAACAAGAUCGAAGAAACGAGACAAAGGUUCAAGAGUGAAUAUGUUCAAGAUUCGUCAGACAAAUAUGAUUCCAGAGACGUGGACCGACUCAUGAAGGAUGAUAGCUGUGUUGAAGCCUACUUGAUGUGGCGACAGAAUGUUGUAGACGACGCACUGAAAAUGAUUGAUGAAAGUUUUCAGUGGCGAAAAGAAUACACCGUGAACGACCUCACGGAAAGUAGUAUUCCCAAGUGGAUGUUUGAGACUGGUGCUGUCUUCCUCCAUGGCUAUGACAAAGAAGGCAACAAACUGUUCUGGUUCAAGGUGAAGCUUCAUGUGAAGGAUACAAAGACAUUCCAGGACAAGAAGAAGUAUGUGGCCUUCUGGCUGGAACGCUAUGCCAAGCGUGAGCCAGGGAUGCCUCUUACUGUGGUGUUCGACAUGACUGAGUCCGGCCUUAGCAACAUUGAUAUGGAGUUUGUGAAAUAUAUCAUUAAUUGCUUCAAAGUAUACUACCCUAAAUUCCUCUCCAAAAUGAUCAUGUACGAGAUGCCUUGGAUCAUGAAUGCUGCCUGGAAGAUUGUGAAGACAUGGCUUGGUCCUGAGGCCAUCAGCAAACUCAAAUUUGUGAACAAAAGUGAUAUGCAGACUUAUGUCGGCCCAGAACACCUUCCGCCGCACAUGGGGGGAACGGAUCCCUUCAAGUACACCUAUCCUCCCCUGCCUGACGACGACUUCCAGUCCCCUGUCAGUGAGAACGGUCCGAUUGUCAGCGAGGAUGAGAGUGAGUGCAAGGACCCAGAGGUGGACUGCAAGGAGAGCUUGGAGUCCAGCUACAGCUCUGAGGUGGUCGCCAAGCCCAGAAAGGUGAAUUUCUCUGAGGACAGCUUGAAGCCUGACGAGUUGGAGAAAGGGGAUGGGUAUGGUCGACUGAAAGGAAUUCGGAAGCCUCUGACCACAUUUAAAGGCACACUACUACAUAUCAGUCCAGCGGAAGAACUGAGCUUUGGCUCCAAAGACUCUGAGAAGAAAUGCCUCAUUGUCCUCAACAACAUCACGAAAAAUCAGGUGGCUUUCAAGGUUCGGACUACGGCACCAGAGAAAUACCGCGUCAAACCCAGCAACAGCAGCUGUGAACCCGGAGCCUCCAUGGAUAUCGUGGUGUCCUUGCAUGGAGGUUUCCAGGCGUCGCCACAGGACCGGUUCCUGGUCAUGGCCGCGGAGAUGGAGCAGAGCGCCGGGGCUGGUUCCCCAGAGCUCGCCCAGUUCUGGAAGGAGGUUCCCAAAGCCAAAAUCAUGGAGCACAGGUUGCGCUGUCAUGUUCUGGAGAGUCUUAAACCAAUCCUCAGCUCAACAAGUGAGGGUCCACUGGCUUCAGGCACCAAUGGGCAGCAGGACCUCCAAACUACCCUCAUACGGCUCAUGGCCAUCAAUUCCAGGCUGGAGCAGAAGCUGGACUCGUGUCUGUCGUCCCAGAGGCUUUUGACCGUCCUUGUUUCGGUCCUAAUGGCGUUCAGCUUCUCCACCAUGUACUUAAUAUGGACCUCCUACUCUUAGCCUCUUCAGACUCCUCUUUUUUGACCCUACUCAUGGAAUCCUUCGGCCACAACUUUGACCGAAGGAAACUACUCAUGAAACACAAUGACCAAAAAAAAAACAUGGAAAGGCUUUCCCAUGGAGACCAUGGAAAACUGUUGCGAGUGAAUCAUGUGGGAAUCAUGUGGUAUCCUAAUCAUGUGAUCCAGGACCUGAUCUCUCAAGAGAACUGUGUUUGAGAUGAACAAAGGCGUAACAGCCACAGCGGAUGACCGUGUGGUUUCAAAGUGUAGGUAUUUUUUAUUACUCCUGAUGAAAUAAAUAAAUAAAUAAAUAAUUUAUACUAGAUGUUCUAUAGAUCAUGUAGAGAUUAACUUUCUGAUUAUGUCUACAGUAUGUCAUAAUAUACAGUGUAUAUGCAACAUCAAUAAAAAUGAAACAGUUUUGUUA